UCCGAACUUCUCGAAGACCGCCAUCGAGGGAUCAUAGAAAAUUAGAAAUCGCUCCACCCUCCGCCGGUUCUUCCGCCGGAUUUUAGCCGAAGAAAAGGAAUCGAUUGAGCUCAGUAUUCUGAAUAUGAUUCGAUCAUAAGUUUACUCCGAUUUGGACGAGGUGAAAGUUUCGUGGCUAUGGAAGUGGAUGUAUUGAGAUUUACUAGGAAUGGUUUCGGAAUCUGGGUUUUGUUCAUUUGGAUCUCCGUCAUCGGUUCCGUGUUUUCCCGUACGAUUUCAAUGGAUCCGGAUCCAUGUGAUUCCAACACCGAGAUGGAGUUUUACAAACUGAAGCAGGAUCAGAUCACAGUGCUCAUCAAUGGUUACUCUGAAUCACGCAUUCCUCUUCUGCAAUCCAUUGUAGCUUCGUAUUCUGCCUCACCAAUCGUGUCAUCCAUCUUAGUCCUUUGGGGUAACCCUAGCACACAAGCUCAAGUACUUGACCAACUAUUCCACAAUCUCACUCAGCAUUCGCUUGGUACGGCUUCGAUCUCUCUUAUUCAGCAGCCUUCGAGCAGCCUCAAUGCUAGGUUCAUCCCUCGGCCGUCUAUAGAUACGCGUGCUGUAUUGAUCUGUGACGAUGAUGUCGAGAUAGACCGUAGGUCGCUGGAAUUCGCGUUCAAGGUGUGGAAAUCCAAUGCAGACAGUCUAGUCGGGGUGUUUCCGAGGUCGCACGAUUUCGACCUGACGAGUAAAGGGUGGAUGUACACUGUUCACCCGGAUAAGUACUCGAUCGUGUUGACAAAGUUUAUGAUGAUGAAGCAAGAUUACCUAUUCGAGUACAGCUGCAGGGGAGGAAGGAAGAUGGAGGAGAUGAGGAAGAUCGUCGACGAGAUGGGUAACUGCGAGGAUAUACUGAUGAAUUUCGUAGCGGCUGACGAGACAAGAGCCGGGCCGGUGAUGGUGGGAGCCGAGAGAGUUAGGGAUUGGGGAGAUCCACGUAACGAGGGAGGGGAAUAUCGGGACGGGGAGGAGGAGAGGGUGAGAGAAGUCGGGCUGAGCAGUAGAAGAAGGGAGCACAGGAAGAGGAGAGGGAGAUGCAUAAGGGAGUUUCAUAGAGUCAUGGGGAGAAUGCCAUUGAGGUAUAGUUAUGGUAAGGUGGUGAACUCUGUUGGGGAACAAGGGUUGUGUAAUAAGGCCGGGAAGCUUGUGUUUUGCGAUCAACGUUGAUAAAACACUUGAAACCCUAUAUUCUAAGUAUCCAACUCUCUAA